AAUACUGUAAUGAUUUCAAGAAAUCGGCUAUUUUCAUUCUGUCAUUUCAACUUCCGCUCGUUUUGAAUGAUAAAGUUAAUAAUAAAAUGCACAUAAUUGAUAUGUACAUGAGGAAUGUACGAAAUGGCUGUAUAUCCGUACAAUAAGUGCCUUUGCAUGGAGACCGACUGGUAUCAACUGUAUUUUGUUUGGAAAGGCGAUACAGAAAGGGAUGACGUUAUGUCCUGUUACUAACAUAAAGGAAAUUGUAUUGAUAUACAGCGGAAAUUCUCGUGAAUUUUACGUACAUUCAUUGUAGCGAUGUAAAUACUGAUUGCUGAACUGUUAUGGAAAGUGGAACCUGGCCUCCUGUGCGGACAUGGAGGAAAACAGCGGUACUGCAUUAGGGAAUUGUCUGGAACCUUGCUAUGAAUGGUGCUUUGGUUACAGUCAGCAUGAUUUACAGACUGGGAACUCUCAAAGGGACAGAUUUGUGAGUGGCUGUGAGCAGUGUUGCAUACGGACAUCGACCUGUAUUUGUUGUUUUCCGUGUUACGACGUUAUAUGUGAUCGCUGUUUAAAGCACGAUUUGUGCAGUAAGUGUCUUCAUUGUUCAUGUUUCUAUUCCGAUUCCGAGGAGAAGGUCCUACCAGACUGUGAUACGACUCCGGGGUUAGUGCGCCAAUCUUCCACCAAGAGCAAUGAGAAGUAUGUUAGUCCCUGCGCCGCGUCCAAUUUUAAUAUUUUAGAACAACCUAUGGCUAGCAACACAACAGUGGAUGGUAAAGCAUCUUUCGUGAACCCCAAGUCUGACAGUGGAGGGAAAAUGACCGUGAGAGCCAUUACCCAUCAACCUCCCAGACUCUCCCUUCUUAUCUCCAAAAAGAACCCAUACCAACAAAUGCACGACCCAACGAUUGAGAGUCUAGAAGAAAAGAGUGAGGAAGUGUCGGAUCUUACGGAAGAGGGAGAGAUGGGGGGUCACGAGGAAAUAACGGGGGGAGUGGAGGUACACGUGACCCAAGGGGACACGGGAGAGGAGGAGAUCAACACGGCCAAAAUAGAUCCUGUAGAUCUCAAUACUAACAUUUUCGUUAAAGACUUCAUGCAGACGACCGUCUGAUACACAAUAGCAAUGUAGACAGAAUAAAUGUCCAAUUCUACAUUGUUUAUGAAUGUCUUUACAUUCAUUUUUUUAAUCAUUGUAUUUAACACCAGGAAGGAGAGAGACACUUCUACGACCCAGAGAUAAGCUUACAAUCGUGAAGUCGACACACAGCCAUACAAAAGGAAUUAAGAUCAUUCUUGUAUAAUACGGAAACAAAAAAAUGUGAAUUAAGGAAGAUAUUUAACCAUGACAACGGCAUGACUCUGUAGUAAAAGCGUGUAACACUAUAAUACGUAUAAAGUUUGCGAAAUGUUAUGCCAAUUUUUGGUGUGCUAAUUUUCAAGUUUGAUUUUUUGUAUUUGAAGUAUAUACGUAGAGAAUGCUGUGAAUAACUAGAUUGCGUAUAUUUCUUGCACACUAUACACAUAUACAGAUACAUGUAUAUUUAAGAAAUAAAUUCCAUGAGGGUAUGAACUGUGACGCUUUACGCCAACAUAUAUAGCGUGUUAGCUCUCCAUGAAAAGUAGGCUGACGUGAAGCGUUGCAGUUCAUACCCUCAUGUCUUUUCAGAAA